AUGCCCUGUCCAGAGGCAGUGUUCUACAAGUGCCCAUGGCAACCCACACGACCAGAUGUACAGAAACAGCUCGAAAAAUGGAGCAUCGUUGUGAUCCGAGAUGUGGCAGACACUGUGGAGGAGAUGUUGGAGCAACACGCGGAGGUGUCACGCCGACUCUACGCCGACGGUCUGUGUCUCAUGCGGCACUGGCACACUGUUCGCAAAGGCCACGAGGUUGCCGAGGAGAGGUAUGUGCAGGCAUGCCGUGCGGCAGAACUCGAGGCCGUGCAGUGCGCCGCGCUCUCGGCGCUGAAGCCAGCUGAGUGGAAGCACUCGGCGGAGAAGACAAUCCAGUCCUCCCGACAGGCGGUCGCUGCCGAGAAGGAGUUUCAAAAGACGCUGCACAAGUUCAACACAUCUGUGGAGCUACAGGAGAAGCAGAUGAGUUUGGUUCUAGAUGCUGCGCAGGACAUGGAAGAGAAGCGGGCGCUCUGCUUCAAGGAUGCCGUCAUGAAAAUCGCCGUCUUCGACACUUCCUGGUUGCGAAACGUGCAGUACGACAUCGACUCCUGCGUCCAAGCCCUGGAAGAAAGCGAUGGCGUGAAGGAACUCCAGGAGUUCAUCCGCCGCAACCGGACGCAGGUCCCCAUGCCUGCGAGCCGGGCUGCAAGGCCCCACUGGGAGCUGGCUGGCCGUCGGGAACCGAAGGCUUUCCAGGAGCGGGAGCUGCAGCGGCAGAGACAGGAGGAGUUCCGUCCCCUUCUCCAUGGUCUCUUGGGCCGAGAAGGCGACCAGCUGCGCCUGCCAUCACAGGACGAAGUAGUCAGACUGUGUUCGCUCCUAGCCGGCACUGCCUCACGCGAAGGUGCAAGCGCCCGGGAGCCCUCGGCGGUGGUCCGCGCCGGUUUCUGCGGAGCUCUCCGGGCCGAGUUGAACCCGACGGCAUCGGCCGAUGUUCACGGCGAGCCGCCCUCCGCGGCCGUGCUGUGUCUGGAAGCUUUUGACCUGGCGACGGCCCUCUUCAAGGCUGCCACAGAUGGUGCCGACGCAGAGUGCGAUGUGUGGAACGGGCGCGACUUGCUGGUGCUGUCGAAGUUCAUUCAGCUUCGUUCCAGCAGCGCAGACGACACAGAGGAGCCGAGAGACGACGUCCUCCUGCGCAUCUACGACCACCCGCUGUGGAGCAGGGUUACCUUUUGGGACGACCUCCUUCUCGCCGGCUUGGCCGAGGCCCACUUUCAGCUGGUGCUGUCCAGAUGGGCAGACCCACAAGGCCUCUCCGGGUCACUAUCCGGAUUUGCGACGUCCGUCGAUGCGGCCUCGGCGAAGCGAGAAAUCCAGGAGGUGGUCAUGACGCCCUUCCUGCAGCGGUACAUGGCUUACAUGAUCUCCCUGGGCAUCAGCUUCCAGCAGGCGAAAGGGGCCACGACGCGCACACUGCAGAAGCACGUCGAGUUGCUGGGUACCAGCCACGAGGCGUAUCUCCGGCUCAUAACGCACGAUGCAGAGGCCAUACCACGAGCUUUCAGCGGCGAGGCAGAGAAGCACCCAAAGGAGGUGCCAGCCCCAAGCACGGCGACGCCGAGCCCUUCGCAGGAGCCGCAGGCACCAAGCCUGGCCACCCCGAACUUGGUGCAGGGGGAUGUGCCGGCUGUGCCGAUGGCCUCUCCCGUUUCGUCGCCCGCCAGCGAGACAGCUGUCGAGACUAUCGGUUUGGAUAGCUCCGAUGCUGACGGCGCCUGA